AAGGUUCUCAAAAAUUCAAUGAUUUGGAUGAAAAAUUCAAGAAAGUUUACUUUUCAACGGGCUCAUCAAUUAAGCUUGGUUGGUUAGUGAAUCCAGAAGACAAGGAAAUAUAUAUUUACAGACAGAUGGCUGAUGGGGUUAUUUAUCGAACUUCACAUGGCUGGAAUAAUGUAAAUGGUGGCAGUGUUUUGCCAGGAUUCACUCUUAAAGUAAAGAAAAUUGAUGAUACAAUUUCACAGGAAUCCUCAGAAUCAUCAUCCUCACCAUCAGAAGAAGAAUUGCAAAUUAGUUGUGCUGUUUGUGAAAUAAUUUUCACUGAUCAUUAUACAUAUAUGGAACACUAUGAAGAUGCUCAUGCUCGUAGAUGGCACAAAAAAGAGUAA